GGUCUGGUCUGAGCAGCGGCAGAGGCUGUACUAGCAACAGAUCUGCCUGCAAUGGCCCAACCUCCCAGCAGGGGGCAGUGUGGUGCAGUGCUGCCCCAAGGCCAGACUGAUCCCUCCACAGUCUGGGCCGAUCUUCUUCUCUCGAUCAGAACAGCACCAGCGCACUGCAGUCUACCUCGACCUUUAACCCUGAACUGAAACCUGAUGUCACUCUCCAAAUGGCCUUGAGGUGUCACAUUUCCAAGUGACAUGGAUUAAGCAGCUGCACAGAGACUUUUAUUGCCUGAGUUUUUUUUAAAGGAAGGUGACUCUGUCGGUGUCUGUGAUCCAUAAAGUCUGCUUUAACUAUUGCACGGCUUUUAAUUCCAGAAUCUGGGCAAUGUAAUUUAGCCGUGACUGCCCAUGUCCUGGUGUGUCAGCUGACACUGCUUUCAAUCAAGCCCUGAUCUUUUAUUAACAUGCCCUCCGCUUUCCAGUGACGCCUAGCUUAGGGACAGAAACGCUGUGCACUCGAUUAGAACAACAGCUUUCAUAUUUGGACCUACAGCACAUGUCAUGCAGGCCUUGACAGCAAAAUGAAUUUGUUUUUCGUCUGUUGAAAUCAAUGCAGUUCAGCACUGAUGGGUUUCCUUCUGCUAUUGACAAUCCAUAUCAAUUAGUCACCUCUUGAUUCAGGAUUGCACUGGGAGUUGAGUGUCUGGACCAGCUGAGCUGCAAACCUUUAUCAACAAAUGAGCUCAGGUUGCAUUCCAAUGAGAUUAGACUAGGAAGAUCGGUUUACACCAGUGGAGCUCAAGAAUGAGAGGAAAGAGCCAAAUGCUAUUCAGUGAAGUGAUACUGAGACUCUUACCAUGCACAGAGGCACCAUACAAACCAGGACAUGCUGCAGCCUUCUGCUGGUCUCUGCUCUUUCCUUGCUUGUGAACUCUGAGACCAGGCAUCAGGAUAAGCCAAAGCAGCCAGACCACAGCAUCAAGGAGAUACAGAAGCAGGUCAACACGGCCAUCAGGACAUUGCAGAGGAAUGGCUUCUUUCCUUGGCCGAGGGAGCAAAUUGAUCAGAUGGUGCCCAGGCUUCACCUCGGAGUGCUGGAGCUGUGGCUGGAGUUCAGGCGCUUCCAGAGGGAGAAUCAACAGAUGCGGAAGAGAAUCAAGGGGCUGAUGGCUCAAGAUGCGACGUGCUGCCAAGGUUUAGUUUUGGAAAUAUCAAACUUUAAAAACGAGGUGCUUCAGAAAACCCAGACACUUGAGGGUGAAGUGGUCGUUCUGCAGGGGAAGGUGGGUGACUUGGAGGAAACAGAGGAAACUGACAGAACUGUGGAAAAUACUGAAUCCAAUGAGACCACAGACAUGCCAGCGCUACCAGCAGUUACCCCUACCAGCCAACCAGAGAUGGUGUAUACAAGUGUGGACCAAUCAGGAGACACACACGUUACUUCUGUCCAAUCAGAAGGCGGGAUCAACAAUGCCAGUGACCCUUUAGAGGUGGGUGUUGGUUUAUCUGAACCAGAAAUGAAAUCCUGUCACUCAGAGGUUUCAGCCAAUCGUAACUCCCUUGACAAGCUCCGCCUGCGUGUCUCUGACCUCACGCAGCUCUUGAAUGGACACACUGACCUCCUGGCAGAGUUAUACGAGAGACUGUCAGCACUGGAGGGACAUGAGCUGGACCAGCGGCCUUCUGAGUAUGAAGGGAGUGGAGACCACCAAUAAAUGCAACAGCUACCAGGAAAUAAGGCUCCUAUUGCACAGAAGUUUCACUCAUGCCAGACUUUACUAUGAGUUUGAUUAGCCCUAGUGUACAGGUGCAAAGCUCAGAUGUGUCUGAUUUAAACAUAAUAAAAGCCAGGUAUGGAUCAAACUGCUAUGCAACGGGAGUCUUAUUUCCAUCCCUGUUAGUUAUUACUGUAUACAUUAUGUCUUACCAGAAAUAAACAACAGCACUAUAUGUUUCCAUAUACUUUUUUCAUUCCUAACAUUGUGUUUAUUCUGCAACUGAGUUCUGUAUUCUAAUGAUUUUAAAAAAUAAAUAUUAUUGUA